GGAGUACAAGUUAGAGAGAAGCUCAGCCGAACCUACCGAACACACCAGCAUGGACAACGUCUCCAUCGACAGCCUGGUGCUGAAGCUGCACGACGUGAACGCGGUGAAGUUCGGGGAGUACCAGCUGAAGAGCGGCAUGCUGACCCCCAUCUACAUCGACCUCCGGGUGCUGGUGUCCCAUCCCGCCCUCAUGAACCAGGUGUCCAGUCUCAUCUACCAGCGAGUGCAGGACGAGGGGCUGCAGUUUGACUCGGUGUGCGGGGUUCCCUACACAGCUCUGCCUUUGGCCACAAUCAUCUGCUCCAGAAAUGAGCUGCCCAUGCUCAUCAGGCGGAAGGAGGCCAAGGACUACGGAACCAAGCGCUUGGUGGAGGGAUCGUUUCGCCAGGGGGACACGUGUCUGAUCAUCGAGGACACAGUGACCAGCGGCAGCAGCAUCCUGGAGACCGCUGAGGUUCUCUACAAGGAGGGACUGAAGGUGACGGACGCCAUCGUGCUGAUGGACAGAGAGCAAGGCGGAGUAGAGAUGUUGGCCUCUCGGGGAAUCAAGCUCCAUCCCAUCAUCUCCAUGUUCACGCUGCUCAACGUGCUGAUGAAAGCCGAGCGCAUCGACGCCCAAACCGCCCAGAGCGUCCGCAAGUUCAUCCUGGACAACAACACUUUCAGCCCCAAAGAGGAGAACGGUAAUGAAGCUCCUGCCACCAAGAGGACAUGUGUGGAGCUGAGCUAUGGAGCCAGAGCCAAGCUACAGAACGUUCACCCUCUCACAUCGAAGCUGCUCAACAUCAUGGAGGAGAAGCAGUCGAACCUCUGCGUGUCGGCUGACGUGACCAGCAGCCAGGAGCUGCUCCAGCUGGCCGAGUCUCUCGGUCCAAAGAUCUGCAUGCUGAAGACCCACGUGGACAUCCUGAAGGACUACACGGCGGCCUUCAGCCAGGAACUGCAGGGUUUGGCUGAGAAACACAACUUCCUCAUCUUUGAAGAUCGAAAGUUUGCUGAUAUCGGGAACACGGUCAAGCAUCAGUAUGAAGGCGGUCUGUAUCGGAUCUCGUCCUGGUCUCACAUAGUGAACGCCCACGCGGUGCCGGGGCCCGGCGUCCUGAAGGGUCUGAGCGCUGUAGGGAAGCCUCUGGGCCGAGGCUGCUUGCUCAUAGCACAGAUGAGCUCCCAGGGCUCGCUGGCAACGGGUGAAUACACCAAGGCUGUGCUGCAGAUGGCAGAGGAGCACCCCGACUUUGUGAUGGGAUUCAUCUGUGGCUCAAAGAUCACCAAGAGGCCAGAGUUCCUCCACAUGACUCCUGGGGUGCAACUGCAGGCCGGAGGAGACCCGCUGGGCCAGCAGUACUCCACCCCAGAAGAGGUCAUCUACAACAAAGGCUCUGAUGUCAUCAUCGUGGGACGAGGCGUCUUGGAGGCCUCUGAUAGGCUGGAGGCGGCUGAGUCAUACAGGAAGUCGGGCUGGGAUGCGUAUGCCAAGAGGGUGGCCCAGGGUGGCCAGUAGGAGCUCUGGAGGGCAUUAUUCAUUUCAGAUUUAAAACUACAACUCCGAUGAGGAACUCUCCAGUAUUUUCCAGUCAGACAGUUAAGAGACGAUCACAUGGUGGACGUGUGUGCAGCACAUGAAAGUCUGACCUGCUCCUACACAACCACUCAGUCUGUUAACAUGUGUAAAGGAUCUUUGGCAGGUGUGGGGAACGGGACACUCUGCUGCUGACCAGAUGUCAACGUGUUCUUGAGUCUGUCCGAUUAUGAAGCUGCUUGAAACCUAUUUUUGAUUCCUUCCUAUUGACAAGUUGAUUUUCAUGUCAUUCUGAUUCCUUCCUCGUAUUAAACUGCACAACUUGACCUGGCGUCUAAUUGCAAAUCUAGAUGGUGGAUCACCUGGUGUAGUUCGUUUUUUAAGCAAUAAUUGUGACUCGGCGUCCACUGAGGAUUAUUAGGAGUCAUUCCUUCAACAAAAAUCUACUGUUUCCCAUUAAGGUGAAGCUCUCCUCUGUUAGAAACCUGCUACUCCUGUGUUUGGUGUAAUUGCUGAAAUCCUAGAACAGCCUUUAUAGCACCAGUUAGGCUGGUGUGGACGCUCGUGUUUAGUAGUUGUAUAGUUUAGGUUUAAAUUCAGGGUACUGUCCAGCACACAGAGGAUAUUAACCAUCAGUCUUCCUAGGAUCAGACACAUACUGAUGGCUGUAACCAGCGUUUUUUAUCCAAGAAGAAAGCCCGUUUGUGACGGGCUGAGUCGUGUGAGCUGCUGCUGAGCUGCAGCUACAACAUGCAGCGAAGCAGCUUCAUGUCUGAGUGCUUUUGUUCAUGAUUGAACUGACAAAUGUUUGAUUUCUUUUCUCGGGGUGACCUUAUUCAGGUUUAUUGUCUUUUUAUGACUAAGAAGUGAGAUCCAGUAUCUGUUUUGUAAUGCAGGGUGAAAUCCUUAAUAAACUUCAUGUUUCUAAUCAGUA